AAUUUUCAUAUAAAUAAAAGAGAGAACAUAUUUUUUUGUUAUACAUAAUAAACUUGCAAAUUGUUGGUUGUGAUUUCUGAAUCUAUUCUUCUUGCAAACUAAGCAUCUAAUAAUGGAUUCUAUUAAGGGAGAAAAACACAUCUCAAGUUCUGUGCAGUUGUUGUUAAACAAGCUUUACGACUUCGUCAACAACUUCCCGAGCACUAAGCUUGACGUUUCACUCUUGGAAGAAAUCAAUACAACACUGCAUACAAUUCAGAUUCAGCUUGUAAUUAACGAUGAUGACGAUGAUGUUAAGGAUAUGCUGGGAUAUGCUGUCUUUGAAGUUGAUAAUUUGUUUGACAAAAUCAACACCGAAGCGUUGUGCCGUGAAGUGCAAGCUCAGUAUCAAGCCCUAACUCCUACCUCUCAGGUGCUCAAAAAUAUUUCUUAUCUUUUCAAACGGGUGAAUGUAUUGAUUACUAAGGUGCAGAGACUUUUUCCUUCUCGUUUCAAACGGUAUGAUAGCGUGAUUACUUCUAAAUUGCAAACAUUAAUCGAAAGAUUUGAAUCUUUAUUGAGUUCAAGAAAUGGACAAAAAGGUGUUCGUAUUGGAAAUCCUUCUCCAUGUUGUUCUGCUGUGGUUGAUAAAACUUCUAUUUAUGGAAGAGACAAUGAUAUAAACAAACUUAAACAUCUUUUAUUGUAUAAUGACAGUGAUGAUAGUAAAACAAGAACUAUUUCCAUUGUGGGUAUGGCAGGGAUUGGUAAAACAGCCCUUGCAAAUUUCCUUUACAAUGAUCCAGAUGUUAAGGACAAAUUUGGAGUGCGAGGGUGGGCACGUGUCCCAGCAAAUUUUGUUGUUAUCAGGGUUUUGGAAACCAUUCUUGAAUCUAUCACUUCACAAACAUUCAGUAAUCUUUACCUGGAUUCUCAGCUUCUUAAAUGCAAUAAUACAGAAAGAGAUGACACUAGUGACGUUUACCUGAAUCUUCUAUUAGCGACAUUGCAACAAAUUCUAAACACUAACAUCUUUUUGCUUGUAUUGGAUGAUGUGCGGGAUGCAAAAUUUGUUGGUUGGUUGUAUCUGAUGAACAUCUUAAAUGUCGGAGAAACAGGAAGCAGGAUCAUCAUCACAUCACAAGACGAAAGAGUUGCACCACCACCAUCCAUGCAAACCUUUCAUUCGGUCCACUAUUUGAGACCUCUGGAGAGUGAAGAUUGCUGGUCUUUAGUUGCCAGACAUGCAUUUAGAGCUUGGAACAACCAGCAACAGUCUGAUCUAGAAGAAAUUGGUAGAGAAAUUGCAAAAAAAUGUUACGGAAUACCAUUAGCUGCAAUAUCACUUGGGGAUUUUCUUCACUUAGAUUUGUCCCCAAGUUACUGGAAUUAUGCGCUAGAAAGUGACAUUUGGGAAUUGGUAGAUUAUGAUGUGCACCGUGCUCUACAAUUGAUCUACAGUUAUCUAUCGACUCCUUUAAAACGGUGCUUUGCAUUUUGUUCAAUUUUCCCAAAGAAGUCCAUCUUAAAAAAAAUUGUGGUAGUUCAGUUGUGGAUUGCAGAAGGCUUAUUAGAAUCGUUCGCAGACCAGGAAAAAGUCGCAGAAGAAUACUUUGAUGAACUAGUGUCAAGGUCUUUGAUACAUCAACAAUCAAUUGGUGAUGGGGAAGCAAACUUUGAAAUGCAUGACCUCGUUCAUGAUUUAGCUACAAAGGUUUCAUCUUCAUAUUGUAUCAGGUUGGACGAACAGAACCUACUUGAGAGGAUACAUAAUAUAUCAUACAAUAGAGGGCCAUACGACUCAUUUAGUAAAUUUGAUAAAUUGUAUGGAGUAAAAGGCAUACGUACCUUUCUAGCAUUACCAAUACAGAAACAACUGCCUUUUUGUUUGUUAUCGAACAAGGUCGUACAUGGCUUGCUGCCAACAAUGAAACAGUUACGCAUGCUGUCUUUGUCAAACUACAAGAGUAUCACUGAGGUUCCCAAAACAAUUGGAAAUUUGUUACACCUGCGCUACUUGAAUCUUUCUCAUACUAAGAUUGAAAGGUUGCCUUCUGAAACAUGCAAGCUUUACAAUCUGCAGUUCUUGCUGUUGUCAGGCUGUAAAAGGUUCACUGAAUUGCCACAGGACAUUGGAAAAUUGGUCAAUCUACGUCACCUUGACGUUAGUGACACUGCACUGAGUGAGAUGCCCGUACAAAUAGCCAAACUAGAAAAUCUCCACACUUUGUCUGACUUCGUUAUCAGCAAACAUAAUGGUGGAUUGAAGGUUGCAGAGCUAGGAAAAUUUCCUCAUCUACAUGGAAAACUUUACAUCUCGCAACUACAAAAUGUUAAUGACCCCUCUGAAGCUUUUCAAGCCAAUUUGAAUACGAAAGAACGAAUACACGAGUUAGCUUUAGAAUGGGAUUGUGGUAGUACUUUUUUAGAUUCACAAGCUCAUAGUGCUGUACUUAAACAUUUGCAACCUUCAACAAAUUUGAAAAGUCUCACCAUCAAAGGCUAUGGUGGAACCAGCUUUCCAAAUUGGUUGGGUGAUAAUGUAUUUGGAAACAUGUUGUAUUUAAGAAUCUCAAAUUGUGUCAAUUGUCUAUGGCUUCCAUCCCUUGGACAAUUGGGUAAUUUGAAAGAACUCGUUAUUGAUUCGUUGCUUUCCAUAAAGAGUGUUGGUACAGAGUUUUAUGGAAAUGAUGGUCAUCCUUCAUUUCAACCAUUUCCCUCAUUGGAGACUCUACACUUUGAGGAUAUGCCAGAGUGGGAGGAGUGGAGCAUGGUUGAAGGUACCACUACGCAGUUUCCUAGUCUAAAAAGUUUGUUACUAAGUAAGUGCCCGAAACUGAGAGGAAAUAUACCUGACAAACUUCCUUCCUGCUUAACUAAACUUGAGUUAAUAGGGUGUCCUCUACUGGUCAAUUCACGAUAUUCAGAUCAUAAUAUCAAUUGCAUAAUCAUGUUUCCAUUGUUGGAUGUAUUCAGCCAAUUGAUGCUUCCUCUCAAUUCUCUUCGACAAUUUACCAUAGACGGUUUUCAAUCUCUAAUGUCUUUCCCUACAGAAGGUCUACCAAAAACCUUGAAAGUUCUCAUAAUCAGCAAUUGCCAGAAUCUAGAGUUCCAUUCUCAUGAAUAUUUGCACAAUUACACAUCGCUUGAGGAAUUGAAAAUAUCUUAUAGCUGUAAUUCAAUGAUAUCAUUUACUUUGGGUGCUCUCCCUAUCCUCAAGAGUCUGUUUAUGGAGGGUUGUAAAAAUCUGAAAUCAAUAUUAGCUGUUGAAGAUGCGUCGCAGAAGAGUCUCUCAUUUCUUAGAAGCAUCAAAAUAUGGGAUUGUAAUGAACUGGAGUCAUUUCCCCCAGGUGGAUUGGCCACUCCAAACCUCAUUUAUAUUGCAUUGUGGAAGUGUCAGAAGCUUCAUUCACUACCUAAACCGGACACUCUAACUGGCCUUCAAGUAAUGGAAAUUGAUAAUCUUCCAAAUCUUCAAUCUUUUGUCAUAAAUGAUUUGCCUACUAGUUUGCGGGAACUGACUAUUGGCUCUGUUGGAGGGUUUUUGUGGAAUACUGAUCCAACUUGGGAACUUCUGAAUUGCCUGGUGGUGUUGCGAAUUAAAGGUGGUGAUACGGUAAACACAUUCAUGGAGCCAUUGCUACCAGCAUCUCUCAUGACACUAUGCAUCUCCGGUCUUGAUGAUACAAGAUUUGAUGGGAAGUGGCUUCAACAUCUUCCUUCUCUUCAAAACCUUGAGAUUGUUAACGCUCCCAAACUCAAGUCGUUGCCAAAAAAAGAAUUGCUUUCCUCUCUUUCAGUACUAAAUGUGACUUGUUGUCCAUUAUUGGAAGGAAGUUUGCGGAAGAAGCGAGGGAAAGAGUGGCAUAAGAUUUCUCACAUUCCCUUCAUAAUUAUCAACGACGAAUUGAUCAAAUAACUUUCUUGUCAAUUAUGUUCUGUGUCACCCCCUGCUUGGCUGGUUCCGCCCAAUCUUGUUGUCAGAAGCCAAAUUCGCAUGCACGACCAACAACCAAGUCCAGUAAAUGUUGUACCGAUGAGGAACGGACGCGCAGAGUUCUCCAAUUGUGUGUGUUUGUUGGUUGUGGUUGAAUUGGAUUGCUUAGGCCAACAGACUUCCAAUUUUUGUGGUCCUCUUCUUCAACACUGGCGACCCGUUCCAGUUAUCCAUCCCUGUCUCAAUUUUAUGUUGAAGAUAUACCAAGGUCUUCAAGUGGGAUUGAUUUCAGCAGUGGAAUCUAAUGUAUAAAAUUCCUCUUUGAUAGGUUUUAACAUUACUCCAUUUACUACGUGCAUGUUCUAAUGCUCGUCUUUCUUUCUUGAGCUUCUCUCUUGUUUGUUAUUUUGCCAUCAAUAUUGUUAGUAAAAUCUCAUAUCAGAAUACAAUAUAACACUAAAUAGUUUUUCAA